AUGACCGUUCCCGCAAGGAUGACGAUCAAUUCAGGCCCAGAAACCAUCGCCUUUCCUGUGCCCGACAACAUCAAUGGAGCCAAGGGACGCCGACAACUUCCAGUCACACUCCUCUCGGGGUUUCUGGGUAGUGGAAAGACAACGCUUCUGGAACAUAUUCUCCAGUCAGAUCAUGGAUUUAAGAUUGCAGUCGUUGUUAAUGACAUGAGCAGUCUAAACAUAGACGCAACCCUCAUCAAAAACCACCACGUGUCCCAAACCAAGGAAAAUCUCAUUCAGCUACAGAAUGGAUGUAUCUGCUGCACAUUACGUGGGGACCUUCUGGAAGAACUCGCCCGACUUACAAAGCAGGACGACGUGCAGUAUGUCGUGAUUGAGAGCACAGGGAUUAGCGAGCCAAUGCAGGUCGCCGAGACUUUCACGGCGGAGUUCAGCGCUGCCAUGUUAGAAGCAGACGUUGCUGACGAAGAGGGGAAGAAGAUCCUGAGCCAGAUCGUCGAAUUAGGAGGUCUGCAUAAACUAGCCAAACUUGACACGACCGUUACCGUUAUUGACGCCUUUAACCUCCUUACCAGUUUUGACACGGCGGAAUUUCUCUCCGAUCGCUAUGGCGGGGAUAUUAUUCCUGAAGACGAAAGAACCAUUUCUGAUCUGAUGGUGGAUCAGAUCGAAUUCGCGGACGUAAUUAUCAUCAACAAAAUCGAGACUGUUGACGAGAAGACUCGCGGGAGGAUCCGGUCUAUCCUAAAGCUCCUUAACCCAGACGCCAAGGUCCUUGAAACAAGCUAUUCAAAGGUCGAUGUCAAUGAGAUAUUGGACACGGGAAGGUUCAACUUUCUCAAAGCGGCAUCAGGUGCCGGGUGGUUGAGGAGCUUGCACGAGAUGACCAAGAGGGAAACUGGCAAUGGGGAAAGACUGGCUCCUGUUCCCGAGACCGUUGAGUACGGCAUCAACAAUUUCGUGUACAAAGCGCGCCGCCCAUUCCAUCCGCGGCGACUCUUCAGUUUAAUACAUGAUAAAUUUAUUGUCCUCCAAAAUGUUGAAACACAAGAGGAUGAUGGAAGCGAGGAAGACGAUAACGGCGAUGAACCUGAGGAUGAGGAUGAGGACGAGGAUGAAGAUGACGAAAUGGAAGAUUUCCCCCAGCCAGACCCCCAGGAAAUUCUUGCAAACAAACGCUCCCACCCUGUCCUUCGUCCCAUUUUACGCUCCAAAGGCUUCUUCUGGCUUGCUACUCGCCCUUAUCAAUUUGGUGAAUGGAGCCAAGCCGGGGGCAUGCUCACCAUUGGGUGUGGUGGACCUUGGUUUGCCGAGGUACCAGACGAGGCAUGGCCGGAAGAUGCAGAUGUGAGGAAAUCCAUCGAGGAUGACUUUCAGGGGCCAUGGGGAGAUCGGCGGCAAGAGAUCGUGUUCAUUGGGGAAGGGAUUGAAACGGAUGCCAUUACCGACUUGCUAAACGAAUGCUUGUUGAACGAUCGGGAAAUGAAAACAUGGGAGGGCAUUAUGAAGAAGAAGAGAUUAUCCAGAGGCGAGAAACAGGAGAAGAUGAUGCAGACGUGGGAAGAUGGAUGGGAGGAAUGGCCUUCCUUGGAGGAGGAGGAGGAGGAGGAGGAGGAGGAUGAGCCUGAGCCGGUAAGAGGGAAGCACCGCAUCAGUGAGCACUUAGGGCAUGGUCAUUCUCAUAAUCAUACCCACUCCCACAGAAAGGGAAUAAAAACAUAG